GGCUCUGUGCUCCGACGAGGAAUGUUCUCUGUGGGGGAGGGACCACUGGGCCUCGACGGCCGAUUGUGAGGGAGGGUUGUUCUGUGACUGGCUGUGCCUGGUAGCCCUGCUCCAUGGACAAUUGUUCUUGGCGUGGCCAGUACAUCUGGGAGCCAGCCUGCCAAGCAUCCAGUGCCUCACGGCCGCUGGCAUGUGAAACACGGACAGAUCACUUGAUCAUGUGACCAGCUAUCAUUUGAGAGGCACCAUGAGGCUGUCUCCAGCCGGUCUGCGACCCUGCUCCUGCUCCCAGAUGCAGCCUUGAGAGGGACGGAGAGCCAGGAAGGAUUGUCGACCCGUCCUGACGUAGGAGAUUCCGAAGGAUCGGCCCUGCGGGCUCUUGUGGGGAAGAUCUAAAGGGCAAAUUCACCAGGGACUGUGGCUGGUCUUUGGAACCGGGAGGACCCCUUUGGGAGCCUGGCAGGACCGCUGAGGUUGAACACCACGUUGUCACGGACUCAGGAGGACGCAAGAAUGUGAGGCCCUACCAGGUUCUGGGGGCAAAAUGGGAGGCGGCCCAAAAGGAAGGGAGGAAGAUGCAGGAACUGGGUGUCACUGAAGAGUCGCACAGCCAAUGGCCCGGUGCCUGAGCCCAACGGCAGCCUCCAUUUUUGAAUCAAUUUCAGGAAGUUAAAUGAGGUGUCCGACUUGGAUGCCUGCCCCCACGCUACAAAUAAAUGAGAUGAUGGAUCGACUGGGAAAGCCUGGAUCAGUCCACCCACACGCUGACCAGUGAUGGGGCACGAGACGGGCUGCACACGCCCUGUCUCUGGCUGGCCCACGAUGGCACGGGCCUCGCAAGACGACAGCUAUGAACGUGAGGUCUCCGUGGGGCUGGCGUCGCUGCUGUCUCUGGCCAAGUGCCUGGCCCACGAGGGGACAGACCCGGACAAGCAUGAGAAGAUAAAGGGACACUGCAGAGAUGCUUUGGGGACAAUGAAGGCUGCGGAGAAGGCGUUAGAAGCCCACAGGAGUGCCCUCAGUGACCGAAUCGGGGAAGGGCACGUCCAAAUGAAAGAGCUGGCAGAUGAGCAGAAGCAAAAGGCAACGAAGCUCAGUCAGCUGGAGAUCCAAAAGGAGAACUGUGAGCAGACGUACUUUCGCAUCCAAGACCAGGUGACCGUGGCUGAGACCCACCUGCAGGAGCUGACGACACUGCUGAGGAAGGCGAGAAGGGAGGAGAAGUGUUUUAAAGCCCUUUCCAACAUCACCCUGGUGCUCCUGCCUCUUUACAGUCUCCUAGUUUCGAUGAAAUUCUUCCAAGAAGCUCUCCAAGUGACCGAUACGCAGCCACUUUUCCUCUCUGCUAGCAUCGUGACCAUCAUCUGUCAGGUCUCUAUGUGGGUUGCACAGAAAGCCGGCCUGGAGCUGCAAAAAGCCAUCGACCAGUACCAAGUGCAGGUCUCUGACUACAGAAAGGAGGGCUAUGCAUGCGACAAAGAGAAGGCAGAAAUCAAGGAGAAGAUUGAAGUCAUCACAGCCGGACAGGAGAAAAUUAAAGAGGCCAGCGAUGAACUGGGAAAGCUUUUAAAAGCACUGCAGGAAAAGACGCUUGAGAUGGAAAAACACAAGCUGUUUGUGAGAAAGCUGACAGAGAAGGUCGAUACGCUAGAAACAUACAUCGAUGAUCCCUCAGACUAUGAUUUUGCCACCAUAGUUUUGGAGGAGAUUAAUCAGUUAGUGCUGUCAGAGAUGGGGAAGGGAGGACAGGGGAGCUUGGGGUUCACUGAUAAAGAAGCAAUAAAGAAAAUGGCUGAGGAACUAAACCAUGUGGCUCAAAAGCUUAAGGAGGGUAAGGGCAGGAAUUUUUAGAGCUGAGCUAAGCUAUGGACAUACCAUGUCAGUGGACCUGAGCCUGACCCCACUUGCUCCAGGGUUGCUGAGAUCAGAAUCCAACUUUGACUUCACUGCUGCCCCUGGGGUCUCUGUGGAUUCGCACUGGGGUAGGCUGCAGAUCACAGGUGGAUGGCGGAAAUCUAUGUUAUGUCUGUGUAAGUGAGUGUAAAGCUGGUUUUGGCCACACCUCUGAGUCUGCCUCAAGAAAUACAAAACACUAGAUGAAAUUUCGAUUUAAUGGAAAUCAACGGGAGCUUAGCAACUGACUUCCAUACGAGCAAGGUUUUAUACCUUCCCAUGUCAGGCCUACCCCAGUUUUUAUAGGUAAUCAUGUUGCAGCUCAAUAGAAAUAUAGCUGAAGCAUUUUCUUCUUUUAAUUGAAGGGAAGAGGCAUACUGAUCUUUAGCAAAGAAAGUUUUUCUCCCAAGUAUUUCUGGACAUUUGAGUUAAGUGGUUCCCAAAACAACUUUGAAUAAAUCUCUCUUUACCUUGCAAUCAA